AACACUUCCGAUAGUGUGCAUAAAUACUGAUUCACUCGCAAAUUGUUCAGAAAGCUUUUUGUGAAACCAUGGGUGAGGGUCAAAGAGAAUUAAUCGCCGAGCUGGGAGACGAUGAGCGAAAAUAUAAGGUGAAGGUAGACUGCGGAUCAUCGGUAAGUUGCAGUGUCUGAACUCGCAUAUUACUCUGAAGUGUGCGUUCGUUCUUCUCGAAUGCUUUCGCAUUUAUAGAAGCAAAUGCUGGGUGAAUAUGAAUAGUUUACAAUUGUUUGUUGGAGAGCAGUUGCAAUUAAGUAUUGUCAACUCCUGGGGUUUCAUGCAGCACCGGUUUCCGGCGGUCUACAACCGCUUGCGAGACCACUAAUCGCCGUAUAUUUAGCCUGCGAGCAGGUUCUCGUGUUUUGGUUUCGGUUGGGUCGCCUAUUACACCAUCGGCAGCCGCCAAUGGAAAAAUACAUCCUUCUGUGUUCUUCCUCGUUCUUCAAAGCAUGCUGACAAGGUUUAGUUCAGUGUCCAUGUAAUCUGUAGUUGCUACAAGGACAGGAUCGCGAAUGAUUCAUGACUGUUGCAUUCCGUGAAAUCGUUCGUGCCUAACAUUGUUCGCUUCGUCUGCGUCACGCAACUGCAUCAUGUAGUUUAACUUGAAUCAAUGCUAUUAAUUUGUGUUUUCUUCAGUGAGUCAAACAAGUGAACAGUUUGAAUUUAGCAAGUGUUUGUAUGUAGUUCGUCCUUUGAAAGCGAAGGCGACCAUGACUUCGGAAAAAAAAAAAAAAAAAAAAACAGACAGACAGACAAAACAAAACAAAACAAAACAAAAUCAAGGAAAACACUCCAAGAUUAGCAUUACUUAAAACGGGGUAUAACAGCUUCGCCACUUUGCAGUAUGCAGAAUCCUUGUCAUCUAACAUAAAGAUUCAGCCAAACCAUUUUGGCCAAAUAUAAAGUAGAAGCAGAGGCCCGAAAUAGUCUCCCUUCACAUUCGCUUCCGAUCAGUGAAUUUCGGCCUCACUUGACUUUUUCUUCACCUUGCUCACGCAUGUUAAUACAGGCUUCGAUGAAGCGCACAUGGUGCACUUAUUGUCAUUAUUAAUAUUUCACCCACAAAUGUGCUCAACUUAAUUGGUUACCAUACUCCCAUAUUUAUUUUUAAAGGGGCCACGUUUGGCGCACUGCCCGCUCCGCUCCAUAGCUUAGCUCCUUAACGAGUUCCCUUGUUCAGUUGUAGAGUAUCGAACCGUGAAGUCAAAAGGUCUUGGUUCCAAUUCUUUAUAAAGUACUCGGAUUUUUUCUUUCGUCGGACGCUCGUGACAAAAUUGUUGAAAUCCUUACAGUGGACUGUACACUGUAAUUUCGCUUCUUGUAAGAUCUCAAAUGGAAGCCAUACAAAAACCAUGUGAGGAAGAUUUGAUAACUUUACUUUUUGGAAUCUCAGAACCUAGCAGAUAAAGAAUUUUUGCGUAAACUUUUGAAAGGAGGUUAUGGAAUCAUACAGCAGUUUUCAACAACUUUUUCUAUAAGCGGCUGCAGAUGGUGUGAUAGAAGGUUGUGUCUGUUAAAGAAACCCAAACAAGAUACCGUGCUAAACAGGUGGGGGACCCAUGUGAUAAAGUUUCAAGAGCAUCAAGAUUUUCCUCUUAUUUAACGACAUCCUGACCAACCUUUGAAAAAGACAUGCCUGUGGAUUCAAUUGUUGCUUUUCAGGAAAAGAAAUACUUUGGCUUGAGCAAAAGACGAUUGGCUUUAGUUGCGGUACGUUUAUCACAUUGUGUAUUUCAAUCGUUAACUCUUGUGGAAAUUUGUUUAUUAUCUUAUGAAGCCAACAAAUUUACAUACUUCCAUUUCUUGUAGGGAGCAAUUUUAGUCAUUUUGUUAAUAAUUAUAUUACUCGUGGUGUUUCUCGUUAAAGUACGCUCAAAGAAAUCCAAAGGUAAGCUUAAAGUCUUUGUGAUUUAUUUUGUAUUUAUUUAUCUAUUUUUUAAUCUUUUUGUGGUCUGCUGGUGUUUGAACGUAUUUUGAUAUAAGACUAAAUCAGCCGACCGUGACUUUCUACCCAUUGACCAAGCUUUAUAACCUAGACCUUUAGACGUUUUCUUGUGAGCUCUUUACCUUAAACACCUCCAUAUUUGAAAAAAAUACACUUGUAUUCCUCUGGAAAGACUCCACCCCACCCAGGCAAGGUUCAAACUCUCCACUCCCAAGCACAGACGAUAGUCAAAUUCCCGUGGGUGCCUGGGGUGGGGGGAAGGAUGUAGAAGCUUCGAAUUGAUCGGCGCACAACGCCUGCGUCUGAGCCUUAACGGUACAGUAUUUGUUCCGGGAGAAAGAACAAGGUGGGACUUCUGUUGUUAUGAUGUAAAGUUUUUCUCAUCUACGGUCUCUUCUUGUCUUCAUUUUAGUCAGCAAAUCACCUAUAGGAGGACAGGAGGAAUGGUAAGACUGGGUUGAAUUAAAAAAAAAAAACAAAAAAACACACGAAAUACUGAAUGUCAAGGGAUUUUUUGAGCAAGCGUGUGGUAUGGUUAAACCAGAUACUAGCCCAUUUGUAUGUCAAAAGCGGGAGGAUUAGCGUGAAAAAUUGGCAGACAUCAGCAAUUAAUUUGGCCGGGAUUUGCAUGUGCCCUCGAGUAAUGAAGUUACAUGGUAAAUCGUUACUAACGAUAACGAUCAAAUUGACAGAGAUUAGUGUAUUAAAUCAUCUUUAGAGUGUUGCCGGGCUUUAGGAAGUAGUUAUAUCUUUACAUCUUCCUUAAAAAACAACAUACAAUUUCGAGAAUUUGGAGAAAGAAUAAAAUGCUUAUUUGACUAUUCCUUUCAUGGCACAUGAUGUCGUUUAUGUACUUUAAGAGAGGUCAUCUGAGGAAGCCGUGAAGCUAUUAACUUUAUUAUAUUUACUAUGUUUUUGUAAUUUAUUAUGGACAGCUUACCAGAUCCCCUGAUUAUUAUCUCAAUGGAUGGAUUUCGACCAGACUUUCUUGGGAGAAAUCUAACCCCUAACAUCGAUUAUCUUGGUGAGAAAAAUCUGCUUCCAUUCUGAACGUUUAUCAGUGAUCCAAAAUUAAAGAAGUAUUCAGCAGUCCUGUAAGCAGACUGACAUACAGUUACAGUUUGACGGAGAGAUGAACAGACGGACCGACGGACGGACGGACGGAAGGGCCGACCGAUGGACCGACGAACAAACAGACGGACGGAAAAACAGACGAGCAGACAUACAGACGGACAGACAGACAGACGAACAGACAGACGGACAGUUAGACAUACAAUUAUAAACGCAAGUUACUAAGUCAUUCGUCACCUGACAAAACGUUACUUAGGGGCGUGUCUAAAACAACCCCCUCUUAGACAGACAGACAGACAGAGAACGUGCAAAAAUCUAUUUAUCAAGCCAUCUAAAGGCUAGAAAGUAAAAAGGGUGAGCAGAGAGGAACCAUGAAGUCCACUCAGGAGACCUCAGUGGUCUGGCCGACGGGCAGACAGCCAUGAGCACAAUUUGACUCUAAGCGGUGGCUUCAAAUUUCAGUGAUAUCAUUUCGGAGAGAAGCCUACACGCACAGCAAUCUUUAGAGGACAGACAAGUUGCUUACUUUUAGAGUAAUGAUUAUAUAUCUGAUACUCAAAAACAAUAACGAUUUGAUCACGAAAGUAAACAGUAACUACGAUUUGUUAUUAAUUUUCACUUGUCUCACCGACAGCUAGCGAUGGAGUUCGAGCAAAAUUCCUCCUUCCUCAAUUUCCCACAAAGACCUUUCCUAACCACUAUUCCAUGAUAACGGUGAGCAUGCACUUACGGAACGUAAUGGUUAAAUUAGGAGGACGAUAAUAGUGGUGGAGCGAAAAAGGCGGGAAGGGAAAAGGUUUGGACCCGACCCAAGCCUCCCUCGGUUUUUUCACUCCUCCGCUGCUAUCGCAACAUUUACUAUCCGUGCUUCGUUUCACUAACUGAACGUCUGAAACGGGCUAUUACCUUACACAUCAAUUGGAACCUUUCUUCUAAUUUUAAUGAAAUCGAUCGUGACUGUUUUUCCUAUGUUUUAUUCCAUCACUAGGGUCUUUUUCCCUCGCAUACUGGUAUUGUGGCUAACAAUUUCAGAGACGAAAAACUAAAUGACAACUUCAGAAUUGGAGGACCGACGACAUCUGAUCCCAAAUGGUGGAAAGGCGAACCAGUGAGUAGCUUGCUUGAGUAGUUGGGGGUAUUGUUGUUCACAAGAAACAAAAUUUAACAGCGCAGUUUUCAGAGAGUCUGCAGUAAUGCUGUGUCAGGGAGAGUGAUAGGACUGAUGAUUUCAACAGGCCUCCUUCCCUGUCCUUUCGCGGCUGAGACGCUUGUUGGUAUUUUCUUUGCUUGAAAAACCCCGCCAGUUAGUUUCUUAUCAUCUUAGUAUAAAGAUCCUUCCCUCUUUUGAGAGUUGUUCCAUUACAAAUUUUUCAUCUUUUUGCCUAAUGGCCAGACCCCGGUUGAUCGAAGGGUGGAUAACUCUAUCCACUGGAUACAUUGUAUCCUCAGGAUAGCACAGCACGUUGGUUAGCGGUUUAUCCGUUGGAUAGUGCUAUCCGCCCUUUUGAACAACUGGUCCUUGGUGUUUAGAGCGUUUGGAUCCAAACUGGGUCGGGUCAUUGGGCCGUUUUUUUGGGCAUGGCCUUAUCACGAUCAAAUGUCCGUUCUGUUUAAUUCACGGGAUAUGCGAUGAAUUGAUACUCAGUCUGUCUAUUGCUUCAAAAGUAUGAAGUUCGGGUCUUUUCCAGCUCAUAAUGCCUCUUUCCACCCAAGAAUGUAACUAGUACCAUUAAACUUCCGGAGAGCCUGCUGUAAUGCUGAGGUGGGGGAGGGGAGUAGCCAUACUCCUUACUGCAGCGUAAUUAUGAAAUUGGACUAAGGUCUGACUUUGGAUGCCACUUAGCCCUUGGGUAAUUUGUGCACCUUUGUGAGCGUCUAGCAAGCAUCUCCAAUGACUGCUUGCUCGCCGACUUACGACUACUUCGCUUGUCUACAGACAGUCAAUCAAACGAAGCAUCUGUUCAAUCACUCAAUAAGAAAACCAAGAGAAAAAAAAAUUGAGGAAGGCCAAGCAGAGUUACAACAACACCAACAGUAAACAAAAGAAAUCAAUCAGUUGGAAGGUUGAACGUCUCCUAUUUCUCAUUUAUAGUUGUGGGUGACCGCCAUUAAGCAAGGUCUUGUGUCUGCGUGUUACUUCUGGGUCGGGUCUGACGUUCCUAUUGAAGGUAAGAUGUAGGGAAUUUUAUGAUAAACUGAAUGAAUGACGCACUCAUUGGUUCUUGCUUGUGAUCUAUGGUAGAACAGACAUAUACAUGACGUCUCCAUCAACAAGUAUUUCUUUUUGUUAUCAUUAAAAAAAAAUACAUUCCAUUUUUCCGUGGGUCUGCACAGUAACAGAUCACGGCAGACGUCAAAUUAUGGUAACAAUAUUACUGACAAACUCGGCUGCGCGUUUUUGUGCCACUUUUUUAUUCUGUCCACAUUUUAACGUCAUCUGUGAUCUAUUACUAAACAGACAAACCAAAUAUAUUUGUUAAUUUGACGCCGCUAUUUUUUCUUUUAAGGAAUAUUACCCAACUUCACAUAUGCCUACAAUCAGUAAGUAUUUUAUCAUAGAGAGGAGGAGUUUUGUGUGAACAGUUGUCUGAGAUAAAUGAUGAUGGGCCGAUCGUGCUUUGAGCCUUCAUAAGGCUUUGAACCCCCCCCCCCCCCAUUUCAUUAGCAGUUAAUUUUCUGUCGAUUUUCUAUAUUCCCCCUUUUUAUUUUGUUGACGAGACCAUGUGACUCCCCCAUAAUCCUCCACCCUCAGCCGCAGAGGCUAAAUAAUUGCUGCUCCCUUCUUUUGUUUUCAGUUUUUUGCAUUCACUUCAUUUUACUUACUUUUCUCAAUUUCUACAGAUUAAAACAUCUUAAAUACACGCGUGUCAUGAGUUAUAUACGUGUUCUAGAAAAACGAAACAAAACUAAAUAACAAGUAGGAAACAAUAAUAGGAAAACUAGGAUCAACAAAACAAAAUGUUUACGUAAAGGAAGAGACCAAAGAAAAAAGGGAGAAGAAAAUUUGCAGAGAUGUUUUUACACCUAACCUGUGCUUUAACCGAUUUUAUUUUUUUUGUAAGGACUCAUCCGUUUGAAGCUCGUGUGGAUAAAGUUCUUAGCUGGUUGGAUCUGCCAUCCCACUGUACCGCAGAUAAUACUAACAAUGAAGGCAAACGGUAACAAAUACGUACACUGUUCUUGUCAUUAUUAAUUUGUCUUUAAGGAUAUAUCUUAGUUUUGUUCUACUUUAACUCCUGUUUGCAAAAUUUUCCUCUGAUUUGAUAUCGAUAAAGGUUUCUGUGUAUGGAUGUUGUAUUGUUUUAUCCACAGUUAGGAUUAAUGUUUUCUCAAGGAAUGUAAGGGUAGAACUAACUUUUGCUCCUGGUGAUGCAAUGACAAAACGUUGCGACGCCGAAUUCGUGCAGAGUUGAUUUUGAGCGUUUAGGAGGAAAAAGUUAGUAUUUCCAUCUCGGAAAAUCAGUAGAGCUGUGACCUUACAUUUGUCCUGAGAGUAUAUUCUCUGAGUUUUUCUAUGCCGUCUGCCGACCAUUUUUGAUGUCAUAAACAAUGCGUUCUUUGAGAAUAUUAGUUGUAGGCUGCAAAAAAUCCAUUUUUACUUAAAUGCACUAACUUUGGUCAUUUGUUGCCCAGGCGGCCCUCGUUCAUAACUCUGUAUUUCCAUCAACCUGAUUACACUGAGCAUCGCGCAGGACCAAACUCAGAGAAGGUAAGUUUGACGCUUUGCUGUCCCACCUAAAUUACGAGGUACACUUAAGCGGACGGUCUAGAAAGGAAAGUUUCUCAUCAUCAUUAUUAAAAGAUUGGAUGCCAACAUUCUUCAUUCUUUCUUGUCGAGAUAAAAUGGGAGAGAAUUAUUUCUUUCUGAUCUUAUAUUAUUUCCUUGAGCCUCUCUUCCCACUAUACAAUGUUGAAAACAAAAAGGCGAAAAAAAUUGGGUUGUCUACGGACGGAUGGAGGGAUGAAGUGGAAAUUUAUUCUGAGAGUAAGCAAACUUUGACAUCAUGACUGAAUAUUGGGUUGCGACAGCUUUUUUGUCCACCCUAGCUAAUACAAAGACUCAAAACCCAAACAGGAGGGAAGGGUGAUCUCUGAAGGAUAGAGCUGACAUUCGAAAGGCAAGCCUAUCUUAUUUAUAUAUAUAUAUAUAUAUAGGGCCGUUCCCUCCUCGUACCCAAAAGGUGUACAUGACCUUUGCCAAUUGUUUUUUUUUUGCUAUGUAAAGUUUUAAAGAUACGUCCAGAAAUGUAUGCAGAAACGAAAAUUGGCGAAAACUCGUCGUCAAAUCCGCCGAGCUGAUUUCGCUCUGACGAAUUUGACUAAAUUCGCCGAAAGCGUUUAAUCCGUCAACAUUCACUUGGUUUGAAGAAAUUUUGUCAAUUCUAACUUUAGAGUUACUUCGCGCAUUUCUGGACAUAAGUGGAGUUUUCCUACUUUUUCUACAUUUUUAUAGACCAAUGCGCAGUACAAAAGAGUGGACGAUAUGAUUGGAAGACUGUGGAAGGGGCUAAAGGAUCGAUUCAUGCAGGACAAAGUAAACAUGAUCCUUGUUGGAGAUCACGGUACGAUAAUUGGAUUAUCCAGUUAAGCUUUCUGGUGUGAUUGGGUUACCUUAAAGUCAGCGCCCGUGCUUUAAAUCUCAAAUCACCUUUGGUACAUGGAUGGGCCCAACUUUCGUUGCCCCGCCCUCUGACUCCAUAGGGGGUAACUCCCUAAUUCUCACCAUUUCAGUACAGAAAUGGUAAGGGUAUCUACCCCGCUUCGAAACUGAGGAGAGAAAAGUCGCUUUUGCUAGAACUCCGUCUCUGUUUCCGUUAUCAGUAAACGCAUGGCGCCUUCUUUACAUGGUAUUUGUUGUUUCUUGGAGAUACGAACUUUAAACAAGUAUUUGAAUAUGUUUUGUUAGGUAUCGCUCCAAAAAGUUGCCAGCGAAUCGUUUAUACAGACGCAGUAAGUAGUUGCAAGUUUUUUUUUUUUAUUGACAGAGCGUAAACUGGAAAAAAAUUACCAAGAACUGUCAUCUUUAGAGCCGACGUAUGCUCCCCAUACCAAACAAUUUUUAUCACCUGUGAAUUAAAUAAUGAUUUUUUUUGACAACCAAACAAUAGAUUACCAAUGAGACUAGGAUGUUAAGCCACUUCUUGUGAACUGAACUCUCUAGUUUUGCAUGUGCUGCGUUUUUGCUGAGGCAAUUUUUUUCCAAACGGCAGCGUCUGUAGUCGAUUUUAAAGUCAAUUUUUUUGUAACCAAAACGGCCAAGCGUCUUUAGAAUUGUGGUUUUGAAAAAAGUCGAUUUUAAAAGUCACGACUAGAAUAAAGAUCCAAAAUGAAAGCAGAAUUUUCUGUGUCGUCAUUUUGAAUCACGUAAAUUUUCGUGGUUUUUUUUUUAAGUUUUUAUGUCUACCAUCCCCAUGCUGAACUUGAAAGCAAAAUAUGUACGAUAAUUAGAUGGCAGCGAAUACGCGACGUAGCAGUUUCUGAUGCGGAGCCCAGCUGGAAAAAAUCGAAUUGAUGUUAUUGUUGUUGUUUGUUUUUUCAGCUUGUCGGAAAUUUUUCGGAAUCUUUCGUUUGCACAAAAUUUUCGGCUUUCUUUGACGAAUAUGUUUCAGUCGUGGAUUUUUUUUAAAGUCAUGAGCAGAGUAGUUCUGGACUUUAAUACGAUCCCACUAAAAUAUCGGACUCGUUUGUGCCAGUAAAUUUGAUCACUCAAUUUAACACGAGGACCUACGCCUUAACAAACAACGUUUUGAACUUUCUUUCAGUACAAUGUAACUCUCGAUGAUGUAUAUUCCCCUCAGUGGUACGGAGGGGCAUUCAUAACAAUGAAUCCGAAACCGGGAGGUAUGUAAACGCGUUCAGCAGGGAAGGGAGGGAGGGGUACGAUACACCCUCGGCGAAGGCUAACGCCCGUCUUUAGAAUAGAUGAUUUUUUUUUGACGGAGAAUGUUUAAUAAGUGUUCGUACCUGUCUUGGAUGAUUAUGAAAUUCGCUUUCCUGACAGAUGGUUGACUAAAGUCUGUACCAAAACAUUCAACUGAUGCUUUCAGGCCAACGAAAGGAUUUCGAUUUACAAUAAAACGAAAAAAAAAUAGAGCACGAUUCUUUAUCAAAAAGAGAGAGUGAGAAGUGUUAGAACGUUUAUUUUGUACAGUGGGCUAUUUUUCUUUCAGUUUCAGCGGAAGAAAUUGUGGCUCGUUUACAAGUAAGUUGUUUUCAUAUUUGCAAACUUUACAAAAUAAAUUUUCAACUUAGCAAACUUCAUAUGUUUAUAUAUUAUUUAAAUAAUGAAGAAGUAUUUAUUUAUGGUAUUCGACCACAGGUGACCCAAGCAUACUGUAUGUGAUUUCAGGAUGUAAAGGUCACAAACAUGAAUAUCCGAAAGGCUGAAUAUGUGCAUUAGCUGGAGCAGUACAAGCCAAAAUUUACUCGCUAUGAAAUCUAUCCCCGUCCAUUAGUAUUGAAUCGCUAUUGAGUUCAUUGACGUCGAUAUUCCCUGAAUACGAUUGUUCGAGCGGCAAAAGUUUCCAAAUUCUUCUGUGUCGGCGCGAGGGGUCCUCCGUUUUUUCAUCCAUUAUGGCUUAAUUCGCGUUAUCGUUAGCCUCAUUACGAGCGGCCUUACUGCGGGAUUCAAUGAAUGGAAGAGUGUUAUAAUACUUAUGGAUACAGGGAUAGAUUUUGUACUGCGGAAAUUCGGCUUGUGCUACAUCAGGCUAUACACAUAUUUCUGCCUAAAACCGUGAAAUCUUACAGAGUACGCUCGGGCCACCUGUCAAUUGGCAAGUUAUAUUACCACUCCCUGUGGAUUAAUGCGUUAAUGUGUGAUUUAGACUCAUAUUUCGGUUAUUGUUAUCAUCUUUUCCAAAACUGGAAAGGGCUUUUUUUCUCUUGUGAAGUAUGCCCAAUUUUCUUUGUGCCUCUGAAGAAGUUUGUUGUAACUUAACUAAAUCCUUGACGUAUUUAUAAAUGUUCGUUUUAGUGUAAGAAUCCUCACUUUCGCGUGUUUUUAAAAGAGAACCUUCCCAAGCGACUUCACUACUCUGAUAACAGGUAAACAUGAGGUUUAUUGUUCAGUUUCCAAAAGUUUUCUUUAAUUAAUGAUAAGUCUCAAAUGCAUUUGAUCUUUUCGUCUUUUUGUUUUCAUUUUGCUUACGCUUGUUGUUAGUUCAAUGUAACGGCAUAAUCUUGGAUGAGAUGUGAGGCCGAAAUAAAAAGAAGCACAAUAGGUGCUAACAUAACAAAGUUCUCGGUUUUUUAAUAACUUCACUUUAAAUCCAUCGGAAAGUUGAAGAAGGAAGAGUAUUAGUGUAGCUAAUGGUGAAUGAGGGCCCUAUAGGUGCAAUAACUACACUAUCGGACGACGAACGAAUACUUGAAAUUCGACGAGCAAGUGGACUGGAAUUUUAGUCUUCGGCGAUUAAGUGGCUGGUACUUCGGACUUAGAAAUAAGAAGUACCAAACCUUUACAAGAUGAAAAAAGAGGAUGAAAUAAGGAAUGAAUUGAAGUGCCUUUCACCGAAAAUCAUAGCAUUUGAAGAAUUAGCCUUGACGUUUUUUGGUCGUAAAAUACUUUACUUUUUGCCAAAUCUGCUGCCGGGAGAGUCGUAGUUGAUACUGGUUUCUUGGAUUUUAGGGUUGGGGGUGAGAAGCACUUUUAGCUAUUGAGUUUUGCGUUCUGUGCGUGUGAGAGAAAGGAGAUUGACCACGCACUUAACGAAAUAACCAGCAGCUGCCAGUGCCUGUGUGUAGGAUAAUCAUCUGAAUUGACUGCAUUCCAGUAAUUGUUUAGACAUUUUGCGUUCUUGAAGGCGUCUCUGAUUCGCUAUCUUUCAGGAGGAUUGGACGAAUUAUCCUGAUUCCGGAAGACGGCUGGCUGGUAGGAUUCAAGUGAGUGCAGUGCGUCAUGUAAUGAUCAUUAAUACCCAUUUGUACUAAUUAUUUUUAACAAAGAUACACGUGUGGAAACGCCUCAUGGAGGGAGAUAAGUCACUCAAAUGUGGUAGAGUUCAUGGCUCGAUAUUGUUGAAACCGUUUUUGUCCGAAAAAGGUGAUUUAAUCAAGUUAGGAUAAUUUGGUUUUAUGAAAUGAGUUGAAAAUGUAAAUUGGCCGUCGUAAAGAGUUUCAAAGCUGACUUCUCGAGCGUUAGCCCUCCGUCAGAGCUAGAGAGGAGAGGCUGACGAUCAAAACGUCAGCUUUAGAAUCUCUUUGAAGUAGCCAAUUAGCAUUAUGAACCUAGUUGAUAAAAAUGAAUAAAGGGGGUCGGUUUCUAAAGAAUCUAUGCAGCUGGGGGUUAUUAUAAGUGAUAUUACCCCCCAGCUGGGGGGUUAUUAUCAGUGAUAUUACCCCCCCAGCUGGGGGCUAUUAUCGGUGAUAACUACCCCCAGCAGCAUAGAUUCUUAAGAAACUUACCCUCUUUAUUCAUUUGUUUAUUUCUCAGUUUUGAUUUGUUUUAUUUGAUUUGUUCUUUCCAGCUCCACUAGUGGGAUCUGGUUCUGUGAUGGUGGAGAUCAUGGUUACGACAACAUAGAUCCUAACAUGCGGGUAUCAACAAUAUUAAACGAUACACAAAAUCCUUAACUUUGAAUUUAAACCCGGCUGUAUAUGUAAUUUACUUCUCAAGCAUGUCGUAAAUUAUAGUCUCAUUUUGUCCUUUGGCUGCCUUCCCUUCCAGUGGUACACUUAGGAUAUUUUUUCGUUUGUGCCUUAAAAUGUAGAAUAAUGCCAAAUAUCAUCAACGCUGCCGAUGUUUUUGACAUUAGUUUGUGGGACAAAAUUAAAAGCUGGAGCCGAAAGUUUGUCUGUUGAUUGGUCAAUUUCGAUCGACCAUCCACAGCCGACUUACGCAUUAUUGCUAAUCAUAAUACGGCAAAAGUGAUGCAUCAUCAUUUUUUUCUUUGUUUCCAGACUCUAUUUGUAGCUCAUGGUCCCGCUUUCAAGAAAGGAGAAGUAGUAGAUCAUUUCCUCAGUACGGAACUUUACGGCAUGAUGGCAGGUAAUUUGAUUUUCGUUUUCAAGCACUUAGAUGUCUUAACACGUCAAGCUAAAGCCAACUCGCCUUAUCAAGGUUACCUCACUAGAGUUCGGUCUAAGCUUUUUGUUUGCUCAAACGUUGUUUGGCGAGUUUUUGGUUGCCGUUUGCUAAAUUCGUUUGACCUCUGAUCGCGGUAAUCCGUUAGUGCACUAGUUGGCGAAUUGUCAGUGGUCGAGAGAUCAACUUUUUUAAAGUAGAAUAUAGGCUACCUAUCGAGAUGCGCAGCUUCCAGCUCUGAUCAGCCUGUCCGGCCCUACACACGUCAGCUUUCACUGUAGUUUUCUAUGGGAUUGCGCGAGCGAGUUCGAAGGGGUGAUAUAAUAAAUAUAAUUACAAAGUAUUCUAGAACUUUCCUGAAGCUUACAACGAAACUAUUCUUGUAGAGUUACAUCAUAAUUAUAUAACCCGGUAGAAUGUUCUAGAAAUAUCUAGAAAGAACGAAAUACGUGAAAUGAUUAAUGACGUCAGGAUAUAGAAGACUGCAAAAUGGGCGUUUACAAAAGAAUUUUCGUUAAAAAAGCGACACGGUGUCCGUUUUAAUCACGCAAUUAAAUCUUGGCUACGUUUUCUCCUCGGCUUACUGAGAAAUGAAGUCGAGAAUUGGCUUCAAAAUGACAAUAAAUUUCUCCUCGGCUAACUGAGAAAUGAAGUCGGGAAUUGACCUCAAAAGGUGAAGGAAUGUAGAUCACUGUUUACUCCUGGCGCCUCUAGAAAGUCUAAAUACCCCCCCCCCCUCUUACAACACCUCGUUGAAUAACACGGUUUUUCUAGGAAACCGAUGCUGCUUUUUUCACACUCUGCUGAGGUUUGAGCGAGCCACGACAAAAUCCUCCACUGUCCUUUGAGUUACUCUCUGAAUCACGGCUCGCUUUGAAGCGAUGCUUGAUCGUGGAGACUCUAGCGAGGAGACGUACUAAAAUUUGCAGCAAAAUAGAACGAAAUUGUUUCCUGGAAGGAAAUCUUUACAUUCUAUUUCUGAAAAAAUCAGUCUCUAUUCGUUCUCAGAUAUACUCAGGCUCAAGCCAGCCCCGAACGAUGGAACACCUGGUAGCUUGCGGCAUCUACUGGAUCCAAGUGUCGAUAUUGAUGUCCUUGAGACUGAGUCCGACGGAAAGUUAAUGAGGACUGACAUCUGCCGAAAACCUGCAGGUUUUGACAACUGCAGUCAGUGCAUUUGUAAAUUUUGUGUAAGUGGUGAAAUGCUAUUUUUUUUCCUAUAGUUGCAAUAGAAUGCGGUUGCAGUAUAACUGCAAUCGUAUUCUAUUUCAAUAUAACUGCAAUUAAAUGCAGUUUAUAACUUGAGAAGUAUGAUCAGUAGCGAAUGACUCACCGAUUUUUCUAGAAGGUAUUACACUCAUCUGUUCUGAAGAACUUAUUUGUCCAAUGAAUUUUAGAGUACAUCAAAAGAGCAAAACAGAGGGAGGAGUAGAAAAUGUAUAGCUAAUUCGUUUCAAGGGUUCCUACCUGUUUAUCCUUUUAAAGUGGAUAUCUCUCGUUUUAUUAACUGGUGAUUCAUCUGAAUUUUUCAAUUCAUCAAUGUCACCAUAAAUUCGCUUUUACAUUUGAAUUUGAUGCUGAUCUGUUAGUUUUAUCUGGUCAAAGCUUAAACUGAGAUAAUGAUUUUAUGCAAAGUGUAGUGGUAAUUGAAGCACAACAUGAAUUAAGGCCUGUUAGUACAUUUGGUAAACUGAAUACGAUUUUUGGGAGAACCAAUCACGUUCCUGUGGUAAUGUCCUUUUUUCUCUUUGUUUGUUGAACAGGAUAAAAGAGCAGAAGUUAUUCUAAGUGACAAGAAGCUACACAUGUCAGACCAAGAGAGUAAAGACAUCUUUUUGGUUAUACGUACUUGUUUGCAUCUUUUAGAGACUUUGCGCAAACCAUUUUGACUACAGCUUUUAUGAAAAAAGAAGUAAUUUAAACAUUUGCGAUAGUUUACUUUCAAUAUUAGUAUAAAAUUCUUGAAGACAACAAAUUGAAAUUUACUUUUUGCCAUCCAUUGCAAAAUUUGCUGCAGAUAACGUGGUUACUUAUACCAAAAGAACGGUUUUAUAAUAAGCAGAAGUAACUUUUAAAUCGGCAUAAGGCAAACCAGUUAGGUCUUUUUUUACAGAGCUGAGAGACUUUAAAUAGAAACUGCCUUUAAGAAAGAAGAGCUGGACUUGUGGCAUUAAGGUCCUUCGGAUUACAAGUCUACAUCGCUCACAUUCUUCGGCCACGCAGCCUCCUCUUCUUAAUGUUUUUGCUGAAAGGAGAUUUUACUUAGUCGUAAACUACACUAACAUUUCAUCCACAAGUAAACGCCCACAGUCGAGUUAUUUUCUCAUAAGGAACUAUUAUAAUUAUCAUUGAUAUUAUUUUCGUUUUUUGUUCUGUUUUAUGUAUGUUUGUUUGUUUUUUUUUUUCCUAGUAUCUGAAUUUCAGGCGACACACCUUCCGUGGGGAGUACCUGAGGGUGGAGCUGGUCGAGAGGGUUGUAUUCUAGCGCAGAAGGGUUUUGUGACAGGCUAUAGCACUUCUCUACGUUUACCUUUAUGGGUGGCUUAUAGACUUGAUGGAGAGGUACGUAAAACCAGGAUCAUUCAGUUUGAUGAGAAGGUAAUUAGUAAACAUUUGGGAACCGCCAUGUAAACGUUAGCGCGUUAGGAGGAUGUGUGAUAGAGCUCUUAUCUGCCUACAGCCUUUUAAUCGCGUCACUGGCAGUGACGGUGUCAUUGCGACAUCUCAGAGAUUAUCAACGGACAAGAAACCCUCUGAAAUUUGUGUGGGUCUCACAGGUUGCUAUAUGUUCUCUUUUACCCAGAAAGCCUCACAGUCAGGAACCCGAAGAGAUUGUUUCCGAAAAGACACUCGCCUUACCGAUUCUCAGGCCUCGCUCUGCAAACACUACAAGUAUUCGGGUGUUGACCGCGGACACAUGGCGCCGAAUGGUGACUUUGACUCUUCUAAUGAAAAUGAUGAGGCAUGGAUGGAUACAUAUCUUUUAUCUAACAUAGCACCACAAUACCGUGGAUUCAACGCAGGUAAGGGUAAAAAAAAAAACAUUUAUACCCAAAGAUGACGAUACACAUUACACUAUAAACUAUAAUGGAACGAAACAAUGCAUUACACACCUUGGAUCCUUAACACCAGGAUCAGCAAUUUCAAGAACGUCACAAGAGUAAAUUGAAUGAUUAUUGAUUUUGAGAUUGCAUAUUAAAUAGAGAAAGAUGAACGUUCUCAGUAGCUGAGGAUCAACAUCAAACAGCGGAGUCCGAAGCUCUAGAGUUCGAUUCCUUGUAAGUGUCGCCCUUUUUCUUCGUGCGACGUUCCGGACGAGACGGAAAAAAAUAUUUUUUUUUUGACCAAAAAGUGUUGCUGGUUUGAUUUUAUCCUUUUCUGUGGUUGUUUUUCAACAUUCCGCGAAAUCCAGCUAACAUUUUAUCGUACAUGUAUUCGUCAGGUAUUUGGUUGAAGGCUGAAGAUAUGGUCCGGGAUCUUGCAGCAAACUAUUCACAUGUUUACGUCAUAAGUGGUUCAAUAUUCGACGAGAAUGCCGAUGGACUCCGAGAUGAAGAUGAGAGCAUAACAAGGUUAGUAAUCAAACUGAAAUUAUCUUUAUAACGCGGUGGGGCGUGUACCACGGUCCACGUCCGAUAUGUCUUAGUAAGUGAAGAAACUUCGUCAAGUAAUCGAUACUGAUAGAAGGUAAAGUUCGUCCGGUCCUUUUUUUAUGGGGGGGGUAGGUUUCUAACGAAACUGUGCGGCUGCGUCUGUCGGAAAGUCCAACAAAAUGAUUUGGUUUUAUCAACUAAGUUGAUAAAAUACAUGUAAAUCGGCCACUAUUAGGAGUUUCAAAGCUGACGUAUCGAGCGUUUGCCUUUCGUCAGAGCGAUUCUCUGACAAGAGUUAACGCUCGAAACGUCCGCUUUGAAACUCUUUGCAGUGUCAAAUUCACAUUAUCAACUCAGUUGUUAAAACCAAAUGAUUUUUUUUUAUGCUUUCCGUUUUUAUUUCAAAGGUGGCUCAAAAAUGACACCAGUUCAGUGGCCAUACCUACUCAUUACUAUAAAAUUAUCAUACGGUGUGACACCAGUAAGAAGCCGUAUUACAAAGUGCCCGGAUGUGAAGGAAGACUGGACGUCAUUUCUUUUAUAUUACCUCACUUGCCCAAGCUUCCCUGUUCCAAGGUAAGCGUGGUGUAAUAGCUUUUUUCCGCCUUGAUUUCAAUACAGGUUGUCAGUCAUUCAUUCCCAGUUCCUCGUUUACUUGAUUUUCAAAUACUUUGUUCUGUUAACGGCUGGCGAGAGAAGAUGAUUCAAGAGAAUCAGCUUCUAUAGUUCUGCGCAGGUCACCUAAGGGCCCAAUGAAAAGCCGCCAAAAAAUAUUGAAAUAGAGCGCUUCAUUGAAUCCAACCAUCCAGAAGUUUUCCUUAAAAUUCUGAAAAUCCAUCGUGGUAUUAAAUUAAAUUAUUUAUCUCUACAAGGAGCUCGUGUGUAAGAAUUGUUUCUUUUUUACCCUUUUCUACUUCAUUUUAAUGUUCUUCUAUUGUUGUGAAACUUAUUUCCGUUUUUUACUUUUUGCAGUAUGAAUCGUCUUCCAAGUAUCUUCUUGAAAAUACGGCUAGAGUUCGUGACAUCGAACUUUUGACAGGGAUCAAGUUUUUCAGCGGAUUACCACCGACGGAACAGGCGCGACUCAAAACAAUUUCACCGGUCAAAUUGUGGCCCUGAGCAAUUAAGUUGGAUGGAAGAAGUUUGAAAGAACCAUUCUAUUCUACUCUUAAAACACUACUCAAAUGAUUAAAUAACAUGGAGAGAACUUUGAAAAUUGAACAAUGAAGGAAAAUUAUGAUCUAAGUGUGGUUAUCCUUUAGAAAGCGCAAGCUUUCCAAGUACAAAAUCCACAGUGGUAUUUUUCCAUCCAAAGCUUUCCUUAGUACCGUUGGUUGUCAGGAGCUGUCCUCACACAUAAAAUGUAGAGGACGUAAUUUUGCCUGACUUUGAAGUUCAUUGAAACCACACUCCCAUAAUUAGUGG